AUGGCUGAAGCCCUCCAUCUGCUGGGCAGCGGGUUGGGGGCUGCCCGUGGCGGGGAGCUGAAGGCCAGGCACAGGAGGCCCCCGCCCACCUUCCGUUCCGAUCGGCAGCCUCUGGAGCGGGCACAGCCCCAGGUCCCCUCGCAGGCAGCUGUGUGCAGCGGGGAAUGCAGGCGGCUCCCUCUCAGGUCUCCUCAAGGGAACCUCCCGGGGAGUGGCACCCUGCAACUGGACAGUGGCCACGUCCUGCCGUAUCCUCGGAGGGCAGUGCUCUGCAGGGGACGCGGCCGAAGGGCUGGAGGGGCUGCCGCGCCCUGGGACCGAGGCGGCUGGAUCCGCGAGCGCACCGCCGGGGCCGCCUUUCCCUUUGCCCACGUCUCCCAGUGUCCUCCUGGGACUGUCCCCAUGCGAGGCACGGAUGGAGCCCUGGACCCUGGCCUCCACCACUUCCUGGAAACAGACGCCCAGGCCCCUCCAGUUCUGGGACUCCGCGUCCACACGGCGUCUGGAGCAGCCCUUUGCCUGCUGAUGGCGUUCGGGGACAGUGCUGGCAUUGAAACGAGCCUCUACAAUGUGACCAAGGCUGCCACAGUGACCGCCUGCCACCAGGAGGGGAAAGUUCUCCUCUCGUGCCUUCUCGCUUCUCUUUCAGAGGCUGUCCAUUCGCUCAGGGCUCUUAUUGACGAUGGCGUCCGUGGAGGCCCCGUGGAGCUCGGGCCUUACUUUGUGGAAGUUGGCCGCGAGGCCGUGUCUGUGUUCAUGAAUUCCAGCAGCGUCCACGCAGGGGAGGCUCUGGCCUUUGCUGGCUCCCACGCGAACGGGAAGGGCGUGGUUGUGAUGCACCGUUUCCCGUCCGUGUCCUCGUAUACCGUGUCCUUCGCUUCCCGAACGCAGGCGGGGCUCGGCCCGGCGUGGCGCAGCGUGGCUGUUUGCUACAGGAUGCAGCCCUUGUCCGUCUACACGAACGGAACUGUGUUUGCCGCAGACGCGGACAUCGCCUUUGAGGCUGUUACCACGGAAACCAUCCCCCUGGAGUUCGUGUGGUAUUUUGGCAACGACCCGCCGGUGCAGACAACUUCCAGAAGCGUUAGGAGACGGCUCCGUGUACCCCGAGGGUACCAGGUGACGGUCAAAGCCUCCAGCAUGGUCAGCAGCGUGGUCUCCAAGCCCCACCUCGUCAGGGUGCAGCAGAGAAUUGUGGCCAACAGGCUGCUGUCCGCCGCCUCGGCUCUGGUCAACACCAGCGUGGCCUUUGAGUGCAGAAUCAGCUUUGGCACGGACGUGGCCUACCACUGGGACUUUGGUGAUGGCACGGUCAGCCUGGGGAGCCACCGCAGCAGCCACGUCUACAGCAGGGAGGGGGAGUUCACGGUGCAGGUUCUCGCCUUCAACGCCGUCAGCACCGCCACGCUGCAGAAGCGGCUCUUCAUCGUGCGGGAGCCCUGCCAGCCGCCCCCCGUGAAGAACAUGGGGCCCGGGAAGGUGCAGAUUUGGAGGUCCCAGCCCCUGAGACUGGGGGUCACCUUUGAAGCUGCUGUCCUCUGCGACAUCUCCCAAGGCCUUGCCUACACCUGGAGCUUCCUGGAUGCCAAGGGCUCACACGUGCCGCUCCCUGCUGCCGUCAACACCCGCAGGCAAACAGUGGUGUUGCCGGGCUACACCCUGGCCAGCGGGAACUACACGGCCACGGCCAAGGUGCAGAUCCGGGGCAGUGUGGUUCACAGCGACUACUGCGUGGGUGUGGAAGUGCGGCCCCGGGCGCCCGUCAGCGUCAUCGCGGAGGGCACGCACCUGUUCGUCCCCAGGAACGCCCCGGCCCCCAUCGUCCUCAGGGGCUCCCAGUCCUAUGACCCCGACCAUCCAGGGGCCACACUCAGGUACUACUGGACAUGCAGUGCCGCCAGCUCCCCUGGGCAGCCCUGCUUCGAGGACUCCCUUCCCAGCCUCAUGGACACAGGGUCCCCCACCAUUGCUUUCUCAGCAAGAUGGCUGAGCACCUGCUGCGACCAGUUCCUCAUGACACUGACGGUCUCCAGCGGCGGCCGGAACUCUUCGGAGGCCCAGGUGUUCCUGUCCACCCGCCAGGACCCCACCUUCAGGUUUGUGCGCAUCUCCUGGGCCAGCUUCAGGGACGCCUCUGUCAACUGGAACGCCGAGCUGUCUCUGCGGGCCGCGUGCGAAGGCUGCGGGGACGUGCCGGGGCUCUCCUUCUCCUGGGAACUCUUCCUCGUCAACGCCACAGAGGACGGCACAGUGGCAGCGCCCUCCUGCCGAGCCGUGGGGCUGCUCGGCGUCUCGGGACUUGGGGCCGUUUGGAAGUCGUCGGAGCCGAUCCCGCUGUCCACAGAGCCCAGCACGCCAGAUCCCGAAGGGGCACCCAUGCUGUUCCCACGGGAGCCUUCACCCGAGACCCUGGGCCAGCCUGCUGUCUCUGCCCCAGGGAGCGCCUCCCCGGAGUCCACGGCAGGGCCUCGCCGGGCUCCUGCUGCUGGUGACACUGUGGUCCCAGGAGAGGACCCUGAGGAGGGGCUACUGGGGCCUGAGCUGGCGUCCUGGGACGAGGAAGCCCCGACAGGGAGCCCCUCUGAGAGCGGCUGGUCCCCUCCCCACCCCGAUUUCGAAGCCUACUACAGUGACAUCCAAGAAGCAGAGCCGUCCCGAGGAAGGCAGCCAGGAGGCAACACCAGCCCCCCGGAGUCAGGGGCUAGCGAGGAUGACGAGGGGAGCCCCAGUGAGGGGGACAACCUCGUGGGCCCCUUCCUGUCUGCCGGCCGAGCCCAGCCCGCCCUCCUGAUCGACUGGCCCAAGACCCCAGUCAGCAGAGCCGUUUUCCAAAGCUACACCUCGUCAGGCAUCACAGGACCAGUGGUGACCAUCAAGCCGUUCUCACUGAGCAGUGGACGGACGUACGUCCUGCAGGCCUCCGUGGUGUCCACACACGGCCUCCUCGGCAAAGCCCAGCUGUACCUGGUGAUGAACCGAGCUCCCCAGGACGUGGCCUGCCAGGUGCAGCCGCACCAGGGUCUGGAAGCGCACACCCUCUUCAGCGUCUUCUGCAUGUCAGGAAAGCGGGACUUGGAAUACGAAUUCAGCUACCAGAUAGGAAACGCCCCCAGACGCACGCUGUACCACGGGAGGGACGCCCAGUAUUAUUUUGUGCUGCCAGCUGGCGAGCCCUCGGACGGUUACAAAGUCACGGUUUCCACUGAGAUCACAGAUGGCCUGGGCUCCAAGGCACAGCCGUGCGCCGUGGCUGUGACGGUGCUGCCCCGUUACCGUGGGAUGCACUGCCCCACCGAGGACCUGUACAAUUCCAGCCUGAGGAACCUGUCAACCCUCCAGCUGAUGGGGAGUUACACCGAAAUCAGGAACUAUGUCACCAUGCUCACCGGGAUCCUGAACCGUCUGACCACGGAAGACGGAAGCGCCUCGUGUGGCCAGUGGCCUCUGAUCCGGGACGCCCUGAUCUCCUCGGUGUGCAGCUUUGCUUUUGCAGACGAGGAGGAAGUGAUGGGUGUGGUCCCUGCGCUGAAGGACCUCGUGAGCUUCCCUCCGAAGGUGAGCUCUGCCAGCACCCUGCUCCUGCUCAGGUUCGCCCGGGUGCUCCUCACUCAAGGCCGCCUCCGCGGGGGGCUCGUGCUUGGCCUGGGCCUGAGGCUGGAGCUCAUCCGAAUGCUGUCCAGGGUCUGGGAAGGCUCCGGGCAAGAAGAAGCGCUGGCCAGGACCCCCGUCUGGGAGGACAGCCUGGAGGUGGUCUCAGCCUUGCUGCUGGGCUGCCUCUCUCUGCACCACGAGCGGGAGCUCCGCGUGAGCGCUGGGCCCGUGGAGUUCCUGGCCCUGCUCCAUAGCGGCCCGCAGCAGUCUGUCCAGAGCCUGGGCCCUGUCCAGGUGCACCUGCCUGGCGACCUGGCCGGGCACAGCCGGGCUGGCGAGGAAACGCAGAGUCCGUGCUACAUUAGCCAGCUUGUGCUGUUCAGGAAGAACCCGCACCCGCGGGCAGGACGCGCUGCCGGGCAGGUCGGCAGAGCUGUGGGCCUCACCCUGCACACCUGCUCUGGCACAAGACCCAUCCGCCGCCACCGGCUGGCGAGCCCCAUGACCGUGGAGUUUGGGGAGGACGAUGGCCCGGGCAGCCGGAGAAGUAAGACGGCGUUCGCUUUGCUUCGGGACAGAGUGAAUUUGCACCCGUUUGCAGGGCUUUCUGAAGACGCCCAGGAAUCUCUGCAGAUACACAUCGAGUUCUCCACGCCUGCUUCCCGCGCCUUUCCUGUCCUCCUGCUCGUGAGGUUCUCCGAGAGACCCACGCCCUCGUCUUUCCUCGUGAAGCAGACCUUCCUCUGGGAGGGGCAAACCGUGCAGAUUUACACGCCUGCUGCUGCGUGGAAAGCGUCCAAGGUGGGCUACUUGUCCUUGUUGGACGCUGACUACAACAGAAGAUCCCCAAACAAGUAUUUAGCUGAGCUGGUGAACUACACGGUCCGUUUCCAGUGGCUGCGGUGCCUCUUGUGGGAUAAGGGAGAGUGGAAAUCCGGAAGUUUCUCCCCACAACCGGGAACGUCUCCAGAAAAAGUUAGCUGCAGCUACGACCGCCUCGCGCUCUUCUCGGUCCUGAGACGGGAGCUGAACACCAGCCUGGAAGUGAGCCACGUUUCCGAGUUACGGAGUCGCCCACGGAACCUGAUCCCCAGCGCUUGUGUGGUGGUGUUCACGGUCCUUUACGGGCUUUUGGCUGCUAAAAGCCGUGGCGUGGACCAUCGUGAGAAGGAGAAAACGGGUUCCAUUUUCCUGCAAGAAGAGGUCCCACCCGGCCACCAGCUGUAUGCAGUCGUGGUGGACACUGGCUUCCGGGCCCCGGCGAGGUUUUCCUCGAAGGUGUACAUUGUUCUGUGUGGAGAGAACGGACUUUCAGAGACCAGAGAGCUACACUGCCCGCGGAGGCCCCUGUUUGAGAGGAAUUCCAGACACACCUUUGUCCUGAGCGCUCCUGCCCAGCUGGGCGCGCUCCGCAUGAUCCGCCUGUGGCACGACGGCCGGGGGCCUUCCCCGAGCUGGUUUGUCAGUCACGUGAUGGUGAAGGAGCUAUGCUCCGGACGGGCCUGGUUCUUCCCCGCCCAGUGCUGGCUGGCUGCGAGCCGUCGUGGCGGCCGCGUGGACCGGGAGCUCACCUGCCUGCGCCGGGGGCCCGGCUUCUGGAAGCUUUUCCACGCCAAGUCCACGGAGUACCUGGAGGAUUUCCACGUGUGGCUCUCGGUGUACAGCCGGCCCUCUGGCAGCGGCUUCCUGCACACGCCGCGGCUGGCCGUCUCCUUCUGCCUGCUGUGCGUCUAUGCCUGCCUCGCUGCCCUGGUCACCACCGGAGCCCACUCGCAGCUGUUCCCGGCUGCCGGCCCCACCGACCUCACUCUCCGCACCUCCGGGCUGGGUCUCCUGUGCAGCCUGCUGGGCUCCCCUGCAGCACAGCUCCUGUCUCUGCUCUUCAGGCUGAGCGAGGAAGCCACGAGGCCUCCCCAGGCUGGACCAGGCAGCCCCCAGAGAGGUGUGCAGGCGAGGGCGCCCCAGGGCCCUAAUUCCUGCAGAAAGACGCUGGAUGCCCCGGAGCCAGACCAGGCAAAGCUCACUGCAGCUGAGCUUGGCCACGUCCCCACCCACGCCACCCCGUCCCCUCUACAAGCUGCAGGUGGCACUAUUGUUGAGGGUGCAGCUGUCCGUGGAGACACUGACCUUGGCCUGACCUUGUCAUUCCAGCAUCCUGCCUCAGCCGCUCUCUCCGGGCAUCACCAGGCCUGGAGGAAGGCAGCAAGCAGCCAGAGCACAGCCUGUCCACACCAGGGGUCAGGGACCUGGGGAGCCUCCCGGAGCGAGCCUGUCCUGGGUGAGAAGAGCCACUGCUGCCCUGCCCGUCCUCCAGCUCCCGGCCGUGGUCCCGGAGAACUCCUGCUCCCAAGGCCCAGGGCCCUUCUGCUUUGGUCAGGCCGGGCAGCGUGGGCCGUCUGCGGGACGACUUCCCUGGCCUGUGCUCUGGGCACGGCGUUCCUCGGCUACAGGUUCGAGCCGGCGCAGUGUAUGUGGUGGCUGCACCUGCUGCUUCUCUCCGUGGUCUGCUGUGUCUUCAUCACCCAGCCCCUCAUGAUCUGCGUGGUGGCGUUGGGCUUUGCUUGGAAAAGAAGAGACGACAGCCACUUCUUUGCUGAAUCGUUAAAUGAAGCGACCAGGGACCUAGACGUGGGGCUGGAGGGCCGUUCCAGGACCCAUGGCUGCCCCUGCAGCCCUGGCUGUGUGGGGGCCGUGGCAGAGGUCCUGGCUGCCCGACAGCGAGCCCGCCGCCUGCGCUGGGCCCGGCCCCCGGCCCCGGCCCAGCUCAAGGUCACCAGGGGGAGGAUGAAGAGAGAGCGUCGCACACGGGCAGCCCUGCGAGAUGUCUCCGUGCACGCGCUCAGGCUGCUCCUGUUGCUGUGUCUGACAUCCGGGAGGUUCUCCCCGGAGGAAAGUUCCCUCAAUCAAGCUCUCCGGAAACAGUUCACAAGUGACCAGGCGUGGACCAGCCCUGAGCUUCCAGGGUUCGCUGUCCUCCAGAGAAGAGUCAAAGACACGCUGACGCAGCGUUUCUAUGACUGUGCAGCUGCAAGUCACCAGUUUGACGUGAGUUACUCUUUGCUGGAUAUUUUGGCCAGGACUGAGUGGCUUGAAAAUCUAACUGUAGGUUUUAUUUUAAAGCACGCUUACUUUUUUAAAAAAUUCAUUUCUUUAUUUGAUAGGCUCCCCGACUUACGACCUGAGGGGGCUGUGUCCCGAGAAGCCUGUGAAAACAUCGUCCAGUCCAACAUGCAUCCAGGUCCCCUGACCUGCCCAGCAGCAUGGCGCUGCGCGGACCUCCUUGGUUCUUGUCCUCCCGUUAGCAGCGCAGCGCACUCCUGGGAUGGCCCGCGGAGCCCGGAGGGCUGGUGGGACUGGAGCCUGACCGUGCUGCUGGACGGCCUGCACCCCGCAGGGCCCUCGCCGGGGGCUCAGCCUGGACCUCUGGGAGGGAGAUGCCACCUGCUGGGCUCCCCGGUCAUCAAGCAGCUGAAAGUUGCUCCCCAAGGUUCGUGCAAGCCUCCCGGGCCGUCGUCGGCCACAGUGGAAGACUCUCCUCGCUCACAGAGCCCCGAAGCUGAAGGCCCUGAGAACCGAAAUAGGAGCCCCAGUUGUCCCGGGGGCUGUGGAGUGAGCGCCGACUGUGUGCACAGCCUGGGCAGAACGAGGCGUGAAGUCCAGGCGGCCCUGACCGGCCUCAGGGCCAGCAGGUGGAUCGGCCGCAGCACCAGGGCUGUGUCCGUGCACUUCACCCUCUUCCACCCUCCCAGCCGCCUCUUCACCAGCGUUGCCCUGGGAGUGGAGAUUCUCCCCACGGGGGCUCUCGUCCCCUCCUCCCAGGUGGACUCCGUCAGCGUCUUCCGCAGCGACUCGGCCCUGGACCACGGCCUCGUGCUGUCCGAGCUGGCCUCCCUGGUGCUCAGCCUGGCUCACCUGUGCUUCCAAGUCUACGCUAUGGUGGACGAGGACGGCCUCAGCUAUUGGCACAAACCAGGAAACUGGCUGGAGCUCGCCGUGGCUGGGACAGGCUUCACCUACCACGUAGCCGCUGGCCACCUCGCUACCCUGGCUGGGGAAGUCGCUGACCAGUUCCACAGGGGAUUUUACCAAGUGUUUGUGGACCUCAGCCCGAUGGUGUCGUGGAAUCAGAGGGUGCGAUGGCUACAGGGGUUCCUCUCCUUCCUGCUGCUGUGGAGGUGUGUGGAGCUCCUCGGGCCCCUGGCCCUGCCGGCCGCCUGCUCUCCCGUGCUCUGCCGCUCGCUCUCCCGUGCCCUUGUACCAGCGCUGGCGGGGGCCCUGCUGCUGGCCGCCCACUGCCACCUGCACCGGCUUCUGCUCGCCACCUGGGCUCCAGCCGCCUUCCCCGGGCUGCCCCUCGGCUUUCCCAGAAGAAGCCAAACAGACUCACGCUUCAGCCUUCUGCGGGCCGACCCGCGCGCCGCGGCGUGCUACCGCGUGGCCCUUGGUGCGGUGCUGGCCACGCUGUGUUUCCGAACGCUGAGACGUGCCCUCAGGACUUCCUCCCGAAAAAGACGGUCUUUUCCGAGUAGAUCUCGCGUGAGGCUCGGCGAUGUCAGAGCUUACGCCCGGAGGAAGGUCCUGGCCGUUCUGGGACUGGGGACGCCACAGUCGGAGGAGAUGGAGGUGGCCGAGGACCACAAUCACUACCUGGAUGAGCUUGCAAGUCUGAUGGACGAACUUCUGACGAAGGUCAAUGGUUUGUCCGACAGCCCUCACCUGCCUCUCCUAGAAAAACAACCCCGGAGUCCAGCAGCGGCAAGGGCAGAAGGCAGUCCCCUGCCGGGGGGCUCCCAGUCACCAGGCGACCGGGACGAGAGAACGACCCCGUCACAAGAGCCGUCUCGCCGCCUCCCUUCUCCAGCCCAGUUCUCCAAUCCUCGUUCCACGGACGACGGCCGCCCAUCCUGAAUUGCUUGGACUUCUGCCUGCCCAGACCCCGGCCUUCUCCCCGGGCCCCGCCCCGCCUGCUCCCACUUCCUGCUGCACCACCACCCAGCGGGAGGACCCCUGGGGUCGGGCUCCGAAAUCCCAGCCUCUGUGCCACAGGGGGCACCGUCAAGUUCCUGGACAAUGGAGUUAGAAGAUAAGUUUCUUUCCUGCGAAACAUUCUUGAACGCCACACAUGCAGAGGGCUCUUUAAAAGUACAAAAUGGAAAACGCAAAUUAUGAAAAGACUGCGUGGAUUUCGAAACAGGCACCAGAAGCUGAACUUUUCAACUCCGCUUUUCCAUAAAACCCUUUUCUAUGAAGCCCCUGCUGUGUCGCGUCAGGGACCAGCCUCUCCAGGGAGCCCCUGCAGGCAGGGUGGGGGACGAGGGAUGGGAGAACGGGGCUGAGCCAAGGGCACUGGACUCUGCCUGAGCCCCCCCACCCCCACCCUGUGCCGACAGCAGUGCAGCCGAGCUGCUGACAACUUCCCGCAAACAGCGCAUCUGCGUGUGCGCGCCUCCUCGUCCAGACAGAGGAAGUGAGUCAGCCGGCACCUGCAUCGCUGCAUCGCUGCCCUCACGGCUGGACACCUGCGCCAGGCUGCUGCUGGUGGGACGUGCGCCCUGGGGACUUCCGGGCGGAACCUCGGCCAGCGGCAGCGUCCACUUCCUCCUCCUCGUGGCUCCCUGCUGGCUGCUGUAGCCCAAAAGGCAAACACCGGCCUUCGCAGUGCUGGGCAGAGGACAGGCUGUGUGUUUGGCAUUCUUCAGACCUCAUAAGUUACUCAUUCAGUUACAGGACGGGGUCCUCGUUGGUUAGUAACAGAGCAACCUGCUAACUCAGCAUCAUUCUUACCUGAUUAGCUCAUCGGUCUCGAUCCAGGGACAAAACUCUCUCCAAAUCAAGUCUUGCCUUGCAUUCAGGGUGGGUCUGGUCCAUAAGGCGAGCCGAGGGGCACGCUGUGGUCUCCAGCUGUGAGCCGUGGCUGCUCCACUGUGGGCAGCGUCAGAGACGACACGGGGCCACGGCCAGUGCUGACACUGACUCCGGCAGGCCUGGGACGCGUGCUCAGUCCCCCGCAUCUCGGAGUCCGUCGUGUUUCAGUGGGCCUCGUCCCUGUGCCCACGCUGGCAGCCGGUGCGUCUUCACGGGUGUCGCUUUGUCACUCGUAGCAGAACGUGUCUCCUAGGUCUCCUAGGACUGUGGGCCUUCAGGUACUCUCGUCCCAGCCGAGGGGCAGCCGCUGUCCCUCUGCAGGGGGAGCCACACCCGCUCUGCAGGUGGCACCAAGCAGAAGCCCGCCCAGCCCUCCACGGUGGUCAGCGAAGUCUCCUCUCCCUCGCCUCCCCUCGCCUGCCCCGCGGCCCUGCGGCCUCGCUCCCCCUGGAAGCCCGUCCAGCCCUGGCUCCGAGCGUGGCUUGUGUGGCCUCACCUGCUCGCUGGCCCCACGUGAGCUCCGUGGCCCCAGGGUGGAACGUCAGGGAGAACCCGCUGUUGCUGAAGCCAGGGCGGCAGCUGCCGGCCCCGCUGCCUCCUCAUUGCCGGGCUCUGGGCAGGCGCCUGGCUGCUGGCCUCCUCGCAGCCCAUGGCCUCCAGAGGGGCACUGAGUGCCUUCCCGUGCCCUUCCUCCUCCCCAGGUGCACGCCGCGUGCUGAUGCCCUGGUGCCGUCCAGGCUGGGAGCUGGGUGAGAAGCUUCUCUCCGGUCCUCCCUUGGCCUUGCUGAGGGACCUGUGGUCUCACACCUGCAGCCCUGUCCCACAGCUGUCCACGGCCUUGACAGUGGCGCACAGAGCCUGACCCACACGGAAACGACGGGUGUGCUGCCUCUCACGGAGGAUGCCAUCUGUUCUCUGCUGCGGGCUGGCUCUGCCUCUUGGUCACAAGGUGGCUGCUACCAGCCCAGCAGUCAUCCGUACGCAAAACAUCCAUGGACAAAGGAGGCUGUCUCCCUUGGCUUUUUCAUUACUAACAGGUGUAUGGGCGUUUUGUCAGGAAGACGCCAAGACAGGUUCCUUUGACACACAUUCCUAAGUUGAUCAUGGGGAAAUGAGAUGAAAAAUCUGGGCUGAUCAUUGGGACAGUGAGGACUCGAGGGUUAACCACCAGGUCGCCCCCCCCCCCCACACGCACCUUCCACUCCUGGGCAGGUCUCCCUUCUGCCGUGAUUGGUGGAGCUCGACAUUUUUAUGUGUUGCCGACCUCUCUCUCUCUCUCUCUCUCUCUAUAUAUAUAUAUAUAUAUGCCUGUUCUUGUACCUUGUUCUGUUUUUCAAUUGUUCUAAUUAUCCUUUCAUUUGAUUUUAAGGUAAUUUUAAUAUAAACUUGUUAAGUACUUUCUCUAGUGCACUGUUUUCAUGUUAAAUUUUUCAUAUUGAUACAAACUCUGUGUGUGUGUAUGUGUGUGUAUUGUAUGUAUGUGUGUAUGUGUAUGUGUGUGUGUGUGUGUGUCUGAACAUCCAAAAGUACUUUGUA